AUGGCGAGUCUAAAUCUUAAAAGAGAAAUCAUAGCAAGUUUACCUCAAGCAAAAUUAUAUUGUUCGACUGACGAAGAUAGUCCUUGUGCAAAGGCAAAUUCUACAUUGCUUUUCGGAUGCAAUGGAAUAUUAAAGACUCCUGAUCAAUAUAUUAUUAAUGAAAAUACUUUUAAUGGAACUUAUGAACCUCAAACGAGUACGUUGGCAAAGUGUAUGUGUAAUCAAGAAUUUUAUGAUCAAUUGAGUGGUUGCAUUGAAUGUUUUAAAAACUAUUCAAAAGUACAUUUCGAAGUUGCUCCAGUUACGAGGUUUAAAAUUCUUUGUGCAGACCAUUUCUCAACUGAAUUUACCGAGUCUCCACCUGAGACAAUUAAAUCAAAUAAAACUAAAUAUGUUAUUGGGAUAAGUGUAGCAGUACUGCUAUUAAUAAUCUUGGGAAUAAUAGUAUAUCUAUAUAGCAAUACCGUUAAUACACCAUUAAUGAAGAGUUUUGCUAAUAAGAAUAGAUCAGAACUUGACGUAUAUUACCCACCACCAACAAGUUUAGAAAAUGUCAGUCAUCAUUAUCCACCACCAAAUUCACAGCAAUCACAUCCCCCAUCCGAUACUCCAAUAUCACCAGUAUCACAACAACAGCCACCGUCACCACUUCCAACAUCAUCAUCAGAUUAUCAACAACAACAAACUUAUUAUCCAACAUCGUCAAAUCAGCCCGUAAGUAACAUACAAAUCCCAACUCAAUCAGUGUCAGGGGAAAUUCCUUACUAUCCACCACCUGCAAAUCCUUCCGAUUUGCCACCAUACCCCGGAUCUCAAAAUCAUAAUCCACCUGGUAGUUAUUAUGGUAUCCAAUAUUGA